AUGAAGUUUUCGGAAGAUAUCUAUCCACAUAUAGAGGAUCAAAUUCAACACUCAUCUAUGGUUCCAAAGAAAUAUGAAUUAAAGGAAUUGAUAAAAGCAACAGGUGGAUUCAGCGAUCAGAACAAGCUCGGUGAAGGUGGAUUUGGAACUGUCUAUAAGGGUAUCCUUGAAAACAACAAAGAGAUAGCUGUGAAGAGAAUCUCAAAGAACUCGUGUCAAGGAAAGCAAGAAUUUAUAGCAGAAGUAACAACAAUUGGAAGCCUUCACCACAAGAACUUAGUAAAACUCAUUGGUUGGUGCUACGAGCGGAAAGAGCUUCUUCUUGUUUAUGAAUUCAUUCUAAAUGGAAGUUUAGACAAAUACCUAUUUGACCAAUCAAGUGAAUUUGAAGUACAAUGUUCCAAAGUACUUGAUUAG